UUCCUUUACGGCGAGCGCUGGCGCCAGGGUCGGUCGGGUUUCGGGGAGCGGUGCGGCAGGACAAUGAGCGAUAGCGGGGAGCAGAACUACGGCGAGCGGGAAUCCCGUUCUGCUUCCAGAAGCGGAAGCGCUCAUGGGUCUGGCAAGUCGGGGAGGCACACCCCUGCAAGAUCUCGAUCUAAGGAGGAUUCCAGGCGUUCCAGGUCAAAAUCUAGAUCCAGGUCUGAAUCCAGAUCUAGAUCAAGGAGGAGUUCUCGCAGACACUACACAAGAUCCCGCUCCCGUUCCCGCUCUCACAGGAGGUCAAGAAGUAGGUCUUACAGUCGGGAUUAUCGGCGACGACACAGUCACAGCCAUUCACCCAUGUCGACUCGCAGACGUCAUAUUGGAAACAGGGCAAAUCCUGACCCAAAUUGUUGUCUUGGCGUGUUUGGAUUGAGUCUGUACACCACAGAAAGAGAUCUCAGAGAAGUUUUCUCCAAGUAUGGUCCAAUUGCUGAUGUCUCCAUUGUGUAUGAUCAGCAGUCUCGGCGUUCAAGAGGAUUUGCAUUUGUGUACUUCGAAAACGUAGAGGAUGCUAAGGAAGCGAAAGAACGUGCCAAUGGAAUGGAGCUGGAUGGAAGAAGGAUCCGGGUAGACUUCUCCAUAACAAAAAGACCUCACACGCCUACCCCUGGAAUCUAUAUGGGAAGGCCCACUUACGGCAGCUCACGACGCCGAGAUUACUAUGACAGAGGGUACGACAGAGGCUAUGAUGAUCGUGACUAUUACAGCAGAUCAUACAGAGGUGGUGGUGGUGGAGGAGGUGGAGGAUGGAGAGCUGUUCAAGACAGGGAUCAGUUUUACAGGCGGAGAUCACCAUCACCAUAUUACAGCCGAGGGGGCUACAGAUCUCGAUCCAGAUCUCGGUCCUAUUCACCUCGUCGCUACUAAAGCAUGACACACGGAGGAAAUUCCAGCUACAGCCUUUGAGUUGAAAUUGCAAGUUUGUUGACAAUAUUUUUAUUGUCUCUUCUGUUUAAACAAGUGAACAGUGCCUAGUGAAUAGGUGACUUUUACACCUUUUAUGAAGACUACUUCUGUGAUGUUCAUUCAGCAUAUUUGUGUAGUUUGGUGCUUUGUUUCAAGUUGUGUUUUGAAAGGAGUAUGUUUUGCAUGUAUUUUUUUAGUCUCAAUUUUGACUCCUGAAAGGUUUCUAUUGUAAAGACAAACUGUUCAGUUAGGUUUUUUUCUACUGAUUCCAAGAUAUUCUGAAAAUCAAAACCUGUGUAAAAUGCUUUCCAAAAGUGGGAAAUAAAACAAAAAGGCGUUUGUUUUUUCUUUUCCUACUUACUUUUGCCAAGUGUAAGCUUUAUGAGUUGAAAAGAGACUACAACACUUAGGCUGUGUAUUCUGGAGUGAUGUUGGAAGCCCAGAAGUAAAAUUGACCCUGAUACUGUGUU